AUGAGUGCUAAACUCCUCUGUUUUCUACUCGUUUUUGCAUUUUCUCAAUUCGUCGACGCCAGGGGAAGAAAAAUCAACAUAUAUGGUGCUGAAAACGGAUAUUCAGAUAUUGUGCAAUUGCGGCCGAAAAAAAUCGCCAAGAAUAGUCCAAUGAGAAAAUCGGUGAUGCGCAAUGCGAUUCUUCCGAAUUCACCAUUGAAAUGGAGUAAAAUGCAAGAUGCACAAGGGAAUUUCCUCAUACCGUAUGCCAUAAAAGGAGAUUACGAUGCGCUCGAGUUGAAAACAAUCAAAAACGCAAUGGACAAAAUUGCGAACAAUUCUUGUAUUCGCUUCAUUCCUCGAACGAAUCAAAGGGACUACGCCGAAAUUCAAAAUCAGAAGGGCGAGGGUUGUUAUACGAGCAUCGGAAGAUUCCCGGGAAGAAAUAUAAUCAUGCUUGAGAGCAACGACGACUCAUCAUGCAUUCACGAGGAUACUGUAAUCCACGAGCUAUUUCACGCGAUUGGACUUUGGCACGAGCACAUGCGAGCGGAUCGAGAUCAGUACAUUCAAGUGCUUUAUCAGAAUAUUGAUCCAAGUCAAUAUGCACAAUUUGACAAACUUUCUCAGCGAGACGCCACAACAUAUAAUAUACCGUAUGACUAUCUAUCGGUUAUGCAUUACGAGGAAUCGGCAUUUGCGAAGCCGGGAAAAAUCAGCAUGCUGACGAAAGAUAACAAAUUUCAGAAAAUAAUCGGACACCCGAAAGAUGCAUCGGCUAGCGAUUACAUGAAAGUGUGCUCGAUUUAUCAAUGUCCGAAAUGUAUGAAUCAGGAAUUCUCGGAAUUAAUUGCCAAAAAUGGAAUUGACAUAAAGGUCGAUAGCCCAAUGCUUCCUCCAAUCAUGAUUGCCAAUCAGUGCCUCGAUCAAUUGCCAAUCUGUCAGCUGCUCAGUAAAAAGAAAAUUCUGAAUUGCCAGGUGAUGUCCUCCUAUUGCUGCGCUUCGUGUGCACAUUCGACAGCUCCAACGACUCCACAAGCGCCCACUUAUUUGCCGAGCGGAAUCUGGAAUCGGAUAUCAACAAUAUUCCGCAAAUAA